AUGUCAACCGCUUCAAACGGGCAGCAGCAGGGGGGGGAUGCCCCUGCUGCAACAGCAGCAGCAACGCCAGCAGCAGCAGCAGCAGGAGCAGCAGCAGCAGCUCCUGAAGCAGCAGCACCAGCAGCAGCACCAGCAGCAGCAGCAGCAGCAGAUGCAGCAGCAGCAGCAGCAAAAGGAAGAAUAUUAAAGGAUGAUGACUCUAUCAGCUCCCAUGGCCUCAAGGACGGCCACAUUAUGCAUUUGGUAAAGAGCGUAGCUGCAGCAGCAAGCAGCACGCAGCAGCAGCAGCAGCAGCAGCAGCAGCAGCAGCAGCCGCAGCAGCAGCAGCAGCAAACCACAGCGUCUGGAAAUUCCACUGCUUCUGGUACCGGUACAAACCCAGGCAUGGCGGGCAUGGAUCAGUUCCUGCAAUCGAUGCUCGCUGCAGGUGAAUUAUAUUCUUAA